AUGCUCCCGAAGCGGCGACGAGCGCGGGUCCUGUCCCCCGGCGGCCCUGCCUCCUCCUCCCCGCCGCACUUCCCGGGCGUCGCCAUCUACCUGGCCGAGCCGCGCAUGGGCCGCAGCCGCCGGGCCUUCCUCACGCGCCUGGCGGUCUCCAAGGGCUUCAGGGUCCUGGACGCCUACAGCUCCGAGGUGACGCAUGUGGUGAUGGAACAGACCUCAGCGGAGGAGGCCGGCUGCUGGCAGGGGCACGGGGUGGCGGCGGCCUCACCCCGAGGAUGCACCCGCCCAGCACUGCUGGACAUAAGCUGGUUCACAGAAAGCAUGGCAGCUGGGCAGCCCGUGCCCGUGGAGAGCCGCCACCGCCUGGAGGUGGCUAUGCCGGGGAAGGAGCUGCCCAGACCAGUGAGGAUGCCGCCCUAUGCCUGCCAGCGCCCCACGCCGCUCACACACCACAACACCGGCCUCUCGGAGGCUCUAGAGGUGCUGGCGGAGGCUGCAGGCUUUGAGGGCAGCGAGGGCCGCUUCCUCUCCUUCCGUAGAGCGGCCGCGGUGCUCAAGGCCCUUCCGAGCCGGGUCACGGCCCUGAGCCAGCUGCAGGGGCUGCCCCACUUUGGAGAACACUCCUGCAGGGUUGUCCAGGAGCUGCUGGAACAUGGGGUGUGUGAGGAGGUGGAGAGGAUCCGGCUGUCAGAGCGGUACCAGACCAUGAAGCUUUUCACCGGGAUCUUUGGGGUUGGGGUCAAGACUGCUGACCGGUGGUACCGGGACGGGCUGCGGACCCUGGACAGCCUCCACGAGCAGCCCCAGAGGCUGACCCAGCAGCAGAGAGCAGGACUCCAGCACUACUGUGACCUGAGCGUCCCGGUCCAGCGGCCGGAGGCGGAGGCCCUGCAGCAGGUGGUGGAAGCCGCUGCGGCGCAUGUCCUGCCUGGGGCCACCGUGACGCUGGUGGGUGGCUUCCGGAGGGGGAAGUUGCAGGGCCACGACGUGGACUUGCUGGUCAGCCACCCCCAGGAGGGCCAGGAGGCCGGGCUGCUGCCCAGCAUGAUGGGCCGCCUGGAGAAGCAGGGGCUUGUCCUAUACCACCAGCACCACCGUGGCCGCCCUGAGGACGCCACCCACCCGACCCCACGAAGCCACACCGUGGAUGCCUUCGAGAUCAUUUUCUGCAUUUUCUGCCUACCACAACCCCCAGGGGCCGCGGUGGGGGGCGCCCAGAGGAGGGCCGUGCGGGUGGACCUGGUGGCUGUCCCCAACAGCCAGCUCCCUUUUGCCCUGCUAGGCUGGACUGGCUCUAAGCAUUUCCAGCGGGAGCUGCGCCGCUUCAGCCGGAAGGAGAGAGGGCUGUGGCUGAACAGCCAUGGGCUGUUUGACCCUGAGCAGAAGAUGCUUUUCCACAUGGCCUCCGAGGAAGACAUAUUCAGGCACCUGGGCCUUGAGUACCUUCCCCCAGAGCAGAGAAAUGCCUGA